AUGAAUGCUCCAGGCUCCAUGAGGAGGCCUGGCGGCACGCGUGGCACAAAGUUAAAGCCACCCAAGAAGCCCGGUCUGGAUAUCUCGUUCGAAGACAUGUGGCUGCGCCUCGCACACGCCAUCUCCCAGAUCCAGAACCACAACAUCUCCAAGCUCAGCUAUGAGGAGCACUACCGCUACGCAUACAACCUCGUGCUCCACCACCAGGGCGAUAUGCUCUACCGCGGCGUCAAGAAGCAGAUCCAGGCGCACCUCGACCGCCUCUGCCGCGAAAAGAUCAUCCCCGCCUUCCCGCCCGGUGGCGCCGCCUCGGUGUCGGCAGGCAUCAUCCUGCCCGAAUCGCUGCUGCGCCAGUCGCACGCCACCUCCGCAUCACAAUCUCGCGCCGACUCGGACUCGGCCGCUCCGUCCACCAGCGCCAAGGGCAAGGCCAAGGCGGUCGAGAAUGACGACCCCACCACUUCUUCGGCGGCUGCUGUUGCCACCAUGUCUGCCACUCAGGCGGGCGAUCGUGCCGAUGCCGUGGCGCGCAUCCAGGCGGGCGAGCGCCUCAUGACCGCCAUCCGCGACACGUGGCUCGACCAUCGCAGCUGCACCUCCAAGAUCUCCGAGGUGCUCAAGUACUUUGAUCGCGCCUAUGUCGAGCUACACAAGGUGCCCUCGAUCAACCGGCUCGGGCUCGAGAUCUUCCGUGACUCGGUCAUCCGCUCCGCCAAGUAUCCGAUCCAGAUCUACCUCUAUAGCACGCUGCUCACGCACAUCCAGAUCGAGCGCGAGGGAUCCGCCAUCAGCCGCUCGCUCGUCAAGUCGAACGUGGACAUGCUCGCCGACCUCACGCAGCACAAGCCGGGCGCGCCGCCCGACGAGGAUCCGUCGGUGUACUCGAUCGACUUUGAGCCGGCGUUCCUCCAGACCUCGGCGGCGUUCUACUCGGCAGAGGCGGAUCGAUGGCUCGAUGCGGGCGAUGCGCCAAAGUACCUCGCGCAUGUCGCAAGAAGGCUCAAUGAAGAGGCCGAUAGAGUGUCGGUGUACCUCAAGCCCGAGACGGCCAAGCCGCUGCAGCAGCUGCUCGAGACGCACUUCCUUGCGCGCCAUUUGGCCACCAUCAUCGACAUGCCCGGCUCGGGCCUCGUGAGCAUGCUCGACCAGCAUCGCACCGAUGACCUCUGCCGCAUGUACACGCUCUUCCACCGCGUCGCCGACGGCCCACAUAAGCUCCGACUCGGCCUCAAGAGCUAUAUCGCCGCCAAGGGUAAGCUCAUCAACGACGCUGUGACGAGCCAAACCGCCGGUGCGCCGUCUAGCGAUGCUCCCGUCGAAUCGUCGACUGCCAAGAUGGCCAAGGCCAAGGAGAGGGAGAGUGACGCGUCGACGCCGCAGGCAGCUACGGCGAUUCGAUGGGUGGAAGAGGUGCUGGAGUUCAAGUACAAGUUCGACGCGGUUCUCGAAGGUGCUUUUGCCAACGACACGGGGUGCGAGACGGCGAUCAACGAAGCGUUUGAGUCGUUCAUCAACACGAACAAGCGCGCGCCCGAGUUCAUCUCGCUCUUCAUCGACGAGAACCUCAAGAAGGGCCUCAAGGGCAAGAGUGAGGCAGAGGUGGACGAGGUGUUGCGCAAGACCAUCAGUGUCUUCCGCUUCCUUCACGAAAAGGAUACGUUCGAGAGGUACUACAAGCAGCAUCUGGCCAAGAGGUUGUUACAAGGUAGGAGCGUGUCGGAUGAUGCCGAAAGGGGGAUGAUGGCCAAGCUCAAGGUGGAAAGUGGACAUGGCUAUGUGGUGAAGCUGCAGGGCAUGUUGAACGAUAUGAAGACGAGCGAGGAGUUGAUGGAGGAGUUUGGCAGGGUGGUGAAGAGGUCCGAUAGGGGGAUGCCUAUGGGGUUGGGGGUCAGUGUGCUGACGAGCACCAAUUGGCCGAUAUCGGCACAGGCACCGAGCUGUGUUAUGCCCGAGGAGAUGAUGGAGACCCGGAGGAGGUUUGAAGAGUUCUAUGCGAGUAGGCAUAACGGUAGGGUGCUUACUUGGCAUGCGAAUUUGGGUAGUGCGGAUGUCAAGGUCGCCUUCAAAGCGAGGAGUCAUGAGAUCAACGUUUCGACGUUUGGCCUCGUGGUUCUUUUGCUCUUUGGCGAUGUUGAAGACGGAGUGGCAUUGUCGUAUGGGGAUAUUUCGAAGCGAACCAUGAUUUCCGACUCGGACCUCGAACGCACACUCCAGUCACUAUCAUGUGGCAAGUACCGGAUCCUACUCAAGCAUCCAAAGUCUCGAGACAUCAACAACACAGACACGUUUACAUUCAACUCCUCCUUCACCUGUCCGCUUGCACGGUUCAAGAUCCAACAGAUCGCCGCCAGGGUCGAAACGCCACAACAACGUCAAGCCACAUCGGCACGCAUCGAUGAAGAACGCACCGUCCUGAUCGAGGCCAGCAUCGUGCGCAUCAUGAAGAACCGCAAACAAUCCACCCACAACGACCUCAUCCAACAAACCGUCGCCCAACUCUCAUCCCGCUUCCACCCACAAAUCCCCCACAUCAAACGUCGCAUCGAAUCCCUCAUCGACCGCGAAUACCUAGAACGCUCCCCCACCGACAGAAACACCUACAUCUACCUCGCUUAA